UCUCCUGAAACAACUCAUUCCCAAUUUCUGCAACUCUAUUUGUUCACAAGUAUAGUAUAGAAAAAACACAGUGAAUUUAGCAAGGAAAAGGAGAGAUCUUGUUUCACCCUCUCCCUCAUAUCCUCCCCUCCCCUCUCUCCCAAAUUCCAAUUCCUAUUGCUUUCCAAUGGAUGAACGCAAAAAUGGGAGAGGCAAAAUUGAGAUCAAGAGAAUUGAGAACACCACCAACCGCCAAGUCACCUUCUGCAAGCGGAGAAAUGGCCUUCUCAAGAAGGCCUACGAGCUCUCCGUGCUCUGUGAUGCCGAGGUCGCCCUCGUCGUCUUCUCCAGCCGCGGAAGGCUCUAUGAGUACUCCAACAACAGUGUUAGGGCAACUAUUGAUAGGUACAAGAAAGCAACUGCUGAUUCCUCAAGUGCUGUGUCCACAUCAGAGGCUAAUACCCAGUUUUACCAGCAAGAAGCUAACAAGCUGCGCAGACAAAUACGAGAUAUGCAAUCUUCAAACAGACAAAUGCUGGGAGAUGGAGUGACAAGUUUGCCACCAAAGGAUCUCAAGAGCAUGGAAGGAAAACUGGAGAAGGCCAUAAGCCGAAUUCGCGCCAAGAAAAAUGAAUUGUUGUUUGCUGAGAUAGAGCUCAUGCAAAAGAGGGAGCUAGAGCUGCAUAAUGCUAACAUGUUUCUCAGAGCAAAGAUAGCUGAGAGUGAGAGAGCACAGCAGGAGAUGAGCUUGAUGCCUGCGGGAUCCGAGUACCAUGAGCCCAUGACUACACAGCCUUACGACAUCCGUAACUUCCUCCCCAUGAACCUCAUGGAACCCUCCUAUGCCCGCUCAGACCAAACCCCACUCCAGCUCGUCUGAAAGGGCAAGAAAUCUUGGAGAUGGAUUAUCAAGAUGGUGCAAUUUCCUAUAUAUAUAUCUAUAUAUAUUGUUUAUGGAAAUUUGAUGAUCUAAAGUUAGGGGCUGACAGCAGUUUUCUAUGUAAAACACUAACUACAUUGAACUUGAUAAUGUUGUUGUGGAAUUAAUCCUAACAAAUA